AUGCCCGAAUUGCUCGUGGAGGAUAUCAUUAUACUUCGCUGUGUGAUGCAAGACAAUAAGUUGACAAUGAAAUGUUUAUAUCAACACGUUAAAGACGAUAUAGACCAACAGAAAACGGUAUUUCCGUUCUGUUUUUCUGAAGGAGACUCGUUGAUGAAACAAAGGAGUUUACUCAAAGAACCUACGACGACCGAAUUUUUCACUUUCAUGUUAACCGACAUGAAUGGCACUCGAAAGCACGCGUACUGUCUUCGUUUUCCACACUUCGAACAACCGGAAUGUGUCUGUAUAGUCGGCAAAUCACCACAAACUCAAGUCUUUGUCGACAUCUUUAAAAUCGUCGAGAAACUCCGCCUCAGAUCUCUCACCAUUUUAAAACUCUUUUUGGACGACAUUUGCCUGCAAAACGUCCCCGUCCCUAAUGGCGUGUUGUCCAAUAUCAACUUCCACCACACAACUUACCAAAUCAUUAAUUCGUCUGAUGUGUCUUCCAACUCAAAUCAUGACAUCCUCAAGCUCAUCUCCGUCUUUGGUGCGUCGAUGCUUGUUGACUUAGUCGGGUAUUUAUUAGUCGAAAGAAAGUUCCUCUUUGUCAGUCAAUCAAUUCAAGUCUUAUCAGAAACAGUUAUGGCAUUCACUUCGUUGAUUACUCCAUUCCAAUGGCAACACGUCUUUAUUCCCGUCUUACCCGUGUCACUCCUCACUUAUUGUAGUGCCCCCAUGCCUUAUGUUAUUGGAAUCAAAAAUGCAUUUCUCGAGAACGUCUUUAAAGAGUGUGGGUCGAUGGAUGAUACGAUCAUAUUAGAUGCAGAUAAUGGUAAAAUACUCAAUUUGAAUAAAAUAGAUUUUGACGCUGUUUUUGUGUCAGAAGAAGCGAUGCAAUUGAAGAGUGCAUUGUAUUCAAUAUUCUUGGAAUAUUAUUAUAAGAGAGACGAGAGCGAAAUGGCCGAAGAACUGCGCCAAGAAUCGAACAAUUUGAUAUACAAAUGCUUUGCGAAGUACUUAGCGAGUAUCUUUGGGACGUACAACAAGUCGUUUGAGUUUGAUAAAGUGAAGCAAAAGAUGGUGUUCAAUUUUGAAGGGUUCUUAAAUGGGAUGUCUCCAUAUAAAGAUAAGUACCAAGUCAUUAAAAAGUUUGAGGAGAGUCAGAUGCGGUUCAUGUUCUUUGUUGAGAGGGAAGAGCAACUUGCCAAGAAUUUUAUAUUAGAAGAUAUCUGUCCGUUAUUACAAGACUAUUCGACAUUCAAUUAUCCUUGUGAGACUGUUAAAAGUAUAUUCAGUUUACUUGCAACGGAUGUGAAAAGGGUGUACUGCAAAUUCUGUUAUGAAGAGAUCAGUCCGGACCAAAGUGUCGCAUUCUUCGAAAAGCAAUUUUACCACGUCAACUGCUUUAGAUGCAGCUGUUGUGGUCGUGUGAUCAUCGGUGACAAAUUGACAACAACGGAUGAGUUGAAGUGUAUGAUGUGUAUGAAUAUAGAUCCGGAGAAAUUGAGUGAUGAAGCCUUAUGUACCAUCGUAGGUGUCAAUUUCAAGAAGCGGAAGAAGUUACUGAAGGACGAAUUAAUCAUAGCGGAGGUCAAAAAAGAGUAUACCCCUUCUCAGUCUAAGAAACAGAAUCGGGUCCAUACGAUGCGGCAAAGUAUGAACUUCUCUAGCUUGAAAAUUAAACAACGCACAAAUCAAGAAUACAGUAAGAGUGAAGUCAUUAAUCCGGCAGCUCAUAUAGAGAGAGCUUCAUCCCCCAAAUUCACACAGAAAAAACCACAAAAUUCAGAUCUGAGAGACUCACGAAAAAGUUUCUUCUUGGAAAGGAGAAUGAGUAAUAACAACGUCCCACAGUCUCCUGUCACUACAUCCCCUGUUAACAGUCCAACUGACUUCAUUCUUUAA